AGGAGGAAGAGGAGGAGUGCAAAGUUCGCCUCAACUCCUGGUCACAUUGGCGCGCCGGCUCCUCCAAAAACCUCACACGGGACAAACAUGACGCGGCCCGGGCUGGUGCUCCUCGCCGCGUUGCUAUGGCAAUGCGGCCACGCGCAGCAAAGAGGUUUAUUCCCGGCGGUUUUGAACUUGGCAUCCAUGGCAGAUAUUACAACCAACGCUACAUGUGGUCUAUCUGGUCCAGAGAUGUUCUGUAAACUAGUAGAACAUGUACCAGGUCAGCCUGUCACAAACGCACAAUGUCGAAUCUGCAAUCAGAACAGUGCGAAACCAUUUGAGCGUCACCCCAUCGAAUACGCUAUCGACGGGACGAACCGUUGGUGGCAAAGUCCCUCCAUCAAGAAUGGAAUGGAAUACCACUAUGUGACUAUCACGCUGGACUUGAAACAGAUUUUCCAGAUAGCCUACGUGAUCAUUAAAGCUGCCAACUCGCCUCGCCCGGGAAACUGGAUUUUGGAGCGUUCAAUAGAUGGCGAGACCUAUGAGCCGUGGCAGUUCUUCGCCCUCACAGAUACGGAGUGCCUGACCAGAUUCAACAUAAAUCCAAGGACAGGACCUCCGUCAUACACCAAAGACGAUGAAGUUAUCUGCACAUCUUUCUAUUCGAAGAUCCAUCCUUUGGAGAAUGGAGAGAUCCACACGUCUUUAAUCAAUGGGCGUCCAAGUGCAGAUGACCCAUCCCCGACCCUGCUGAACUUCACCUCUGCCCGCUACAUCAGGCUGGUGUUUCAGAGGAUCCGAACGCUCAAUGCAGACCUCAUGACGCUAACACUUCAUGACCCCAGAGACAUCGAUCCCAUCGUGACGAGACGGUACUACUAUUCCAUUAAGGAUAUUUCAGUGGGAGGGAUGUGCAUCUGUUAUGGUCACGCAAAGGCUUGUCCACUCAACAGUUUCACCAAGAAGUUCAGCUGCGAAUGUGAACACAACACAUGCGGCGAGAGCUGCGAUCAAUGUUGCCCCGGUUACCACCAACAAGCCUGGAUGGCAGGAACCUUUGUCACUCGACAUGUUUGUGAGAAGUGCAACUGCCACGGGAAGGCUGAUGAAUGCUACUUUAAUCAGACUGUAGCAGACCGAUCGCUCAGCCUGGACGUCCACGGCCAAUACCGAGGGGGUGGUGUGUGUAUUUCAUGCCGUGACAACACAGAUGGCAUCAACUGUCAGAGCUGUGUUACCGGCUACUACAGACCUGCGGGGGUGAACGCUGAGGAUGAGAACCCCUGCACCCCUUGCUCAUGUGACCCGCAUGGUUCUAACGGCCAAACCUGUGUUGAAGACUCAAGCCGGGCGACGCCUUCUCAGCCACCAGGGUCAUGCCGCUGUAAGGAUGGGUUUGGCGGCCUGCGAUGUGACAGGUGUGCCAUUGGUUACAUGGGCUACCCAGACUGUCAGCCGUGUAACUGCAGCAUCGACGGAAGCGGCAACAGUGACCCGUGUACUUCACCCUGCGUGUGCAAGGAAAAUGUGGAAGGAGAGAAUUGCGGGCGCUGCAAGCUCGGUUUCUACAAUCUCCAGCGCAACAAUCCUCGUGGCUGCGAGAAAUGCUCUUGCAUGGGCGUCGCGACCCAGUGCUCUGCCUCCACGUGGGUUUAUCAGAAUGAGAGCACGCUGACUGGCUGGCACCUGAGCGGAGAUUCGGGACGGAUCGUUUGGCCAAUUCACAGAGAGACACCUCGGUAUCUAAGCGUCCACCAUGCAGAUGUGGUGGACAACUUUGGCUCCGCUUACUACUGGAAUGCGCCUCAAUCAUACUUGGGCAAUAAGUUACCAGCCUAUGGAGGGACCAUGGUCUACACUGUGUCUUACACUAUUGAUCAGCAGGACCAGAUUAUUAGAGUCACUUCGGAACCAGACCUAAUCAUUGAGGGCAGUGGGAUCAAGAUUAUGGACAGACGGUACGGACGACCCGUGUAUCCGUCCUCACCAAGCAUCAAUAGCAUCGCUCUGCUUCCUGAAAACUUCCUGGUUUCAGACACUGCUCAGCCAGUCAGUCGCAGGGAUUUCAUGACCGUCUUGGCCAACAUGACCAGACUGAUGGUCAGAGCCUCUUACAGUACAGAACCCAGUGCUGUGUACAGACUGCACUUAUUCUCCAUGCAAGUAGCUUAUCCCUUUGCCCAAGGAGAGCGGAAAGCAUCGGCUGUUGAAAUGUGCUCUUGUCCACCCGGAUAUGCCGGAACAUCAUGUGAGGCUUGUGUUGCUGGAUUCCGAAGAGUGGAUGGAAACCUGUACGACGGUGUGUGUGAAGUGUGUCAUUGUCACGGCCAUGCUGCACAAUGCCACCAAAUCACAGGGCACUGCCUGGACUGUGCCCACCACACCACAGGCCCCCACUGUGACACCUGCCAACCUGGUUACUACGGCGAUGCCACUCACGGGUCAGCUACAGAUUGUCAGCCCUGCGCCUGCCCUCUCAACGUGCCAAGUAACAAUUUCAGCCCAACUUGCCACCUUGGUGAGGGAGGAGACCUGCUGUGCGACCGGUGCCAGCCUGGAUACACCGGACCGAGAUGUGACAGUUGCUCCAACGGGUAUUACGGACAGCCCACUGUCCCAGGAGGUUCCUGCCAGCCCUGUGAUUGCCACGGUAACCUGGACCUGUCGACACCCGGCAGCUGCGAUCCAAUCACAGGCCAGUGUCUGCAUUGUCGACAUGGUUACGGUGGCGUGGCCUGCGACAGCUGCGAUGACGGAUUCUUUGGAGACGCCAUCUCGGCGAAAAACUGCCGGCCCUGUCAGUGCCAUAUUAAUGGCUCCGUCUCGGAAGUCUGCAAUAAGCAGAGCGGGCGGUGCCAGUGCAGGGCAAACGUGGUUGGACGCCAAUGUGACGACUGCAUGCCUAAUUACUGGUGGGAUGCCGAGCGUCAUGUGUGCACGGCCUGCCGCUGCACCCACCUCGGCUCCGUCUCUCAACGCUGCGACGUUGAGGGCCGCUGCAGCUGUCGCCCGGGAUUCGCGGGCAUGCGCUGUGACCAGCGUCGCCAAGGUUAUGAGAGGCGGGAGACGCGGCGCCCGGUGGAGCGCGUCCCCGUGGAGGCCGUACAGCGAAGAUGGGGCAGCCCAUCUCGCACCGGGGGUUGUCCUAGGGGCGCAUACUGGCCCAGUGCAGCGGCUCAGACGUACGGCCUGGCCACGGGUGGACAGUGCGUGCCGUGUCACUGUAACUCCUUUGGCUCCAAGUCGUUUGACUGCGACGAAAACGGUCAGUGUCGGUGCCAGCCGGGAGUCACCGGACCCAAAUGCGACCGCUGCUCACGAGGAUUCUUCAACUUCCAGGAGGGAGGCUGCACGCCAUGUCACUGCAGCCACGUGGGCAAUAACUGCGACGCCAACACAGGACAGUGUAUCUGUCCUCCAAACACGCUUGGCGAGAGGUGCGACCGCUGCGCCCCGAACCACUGGGGCCACGAUAUCGUGACCGGAUGCAAGGAGUGCGGCUGCAGUGCGGUGGGUUCGGUGACGCAGCAGUGCAACGUCAACACGGGCUGCUGCGUUUGCCACGACUCCUUCAGAGGAGAGAAAUGCAACGAAUGUCAGCUGGGCUACAGAGACUUUCCUCAGUGCACCUCAUGCGAGUGUAACAUCUCCGGAUCGGAAAGUGAGACUUGUGACUUUGAGCGAGGAAUUUGUGCCUGCGCCGAUCGAACUGGGAAGUGCAGCUGCAAGGAAAACGUGAUGGGACACAACUGCGACCGUUGCAAGCCCAACACAUUCGGAUUGUCGCUGCAAAAUCCGCUGGGCUGCAGCAACUGUUACUGUUACGGCCUGACGCACUCCUGCACUGAGUCGCAAGGACUCGUCAGGAUGUGGCUAACGCUGAGGCCCGAGCAGACGGUUCUUCCCCUGGUGGAUAAAAGCAGCAUUGUUGAGACCAAAACAGGAGUAAGCUUCCAACACCCGGAGAUCCUCGCACACUCCGAGCUGGUCACCACAGUUCUUUCCGAGCCAUAUUACUGGAAGCUACCGCAACAGUUCCGAGGCUCCAUGAUCACAGCAUACGGUGGGAAGUUGAAGUAUGCCGUGUACUAUGAGGCCAGAGACGAAACCGGGCCCUCCUCGUAUGAGCCUCAGGUCAUCAUUAAGGGCGGAGCUAACCACAACAUCGUUAUGACACGCCAAGUAGCGGGACUCCAGAUUGGUCAGCUCACACGGCACGAGAUUGACAUGACGGAGCAUGAGUGGAGGCACGCGGAUGGACGGCCAAUGACGCGCCAGGAUUUCAUGGAUGUUUUGUUCUAUGUGGACUACGUCCUCAUCAAGGCGUCACAUGGCAACCAGAUGAGACACAGCCGUAUUUCAGAGAUAAGUCUCACUGUGGCAGAAGCAGGUAUACCCAACAGGGAGAAUGAGAAAGCCUACCAAAUAGAAAAAUGCGACUGUCCAGUUGGAUACUCUGGACUGUCUUGUGAGGAGUGCGCAGCAGGUUUCUACCGCCUCCGCGGCGGCUCGCACGCAUCUGCUCCGGCCUCCAGAGUCCCCACUGCUGCGGGCAUGGGCAGCUGUGUUCAAUGCCAGUGCAGCGGCCACUCGACCACCUGUGACCCUGACUCCUCCAUAUGCCAGAACUGUCAAGACAACACAGAGGGGGAUCACUGCGAGCGCUGCGCUCCGGGAUUCUACGGCGUGGUCCGAGGAUUCCGUGAUGACUGCAAACCUUGCGCCUGCCCCCUUACUAAUCCUGGGAACAAUUUUAGUCCAUUCUGCGUCACCGAAGGCUAUGAUGACUACCGUUGCACAGCCUGUCCUGAGGGAUAUGAGGGGAAAUAUUGUGAAAGGUGUUCCACUGGUUACUAUGGUAACCCUCAGAUUCCUGGUGGGCGAUGCGAGGAGUCGUGCGACGACGAGUGCACAGGUCUGCUGUUCACCGACAUGGACCGCCUGUAUCGCAUCGUCACCGACAUCACGCUGACCACGCCCCUGCCGCCACCUUACAAGAUCCUGUACCGCUUUGAAAACAUGACCGAAGAACUCAAGCACAUGCUGUCACCUCAGAAAGCUCCGGAGAGAUUACUCCAGCUGGCCGACUCCAACUUGGGAUCGCUGGUUGUCGAGAUGGACCAACUACACAGCAGGGCAACUAAGGUGUCUGCUGAUGGAGAACAAGUGGAAGAUGAUGCCAACAGAAUUGAAAAGCGAGCCGAGAUCCUGGAGAAGUUCGUUAGGGACGCGCUGCUGGGAGCUCAAGAUCUCCAGUCCAAAGCUGAUGAGUUGAACCGGAUGCUGGCGCGCAAAGACGGAACGCCGGAAAAAAGUUUGAAGGAGAUGAAGGACGAGAUUCAGGCCAUGUUAGCUGAGAUGAGGAAACGACAGCUGGGAGGGAAGCGCCUCAUUGCUGAGGAGGAGAUGGAUUUAGCAGAAGAGUUGUUCCUAAAAGUGAAGAGGAUGUUUGGGAAUCCUCACCAGGCCACAGAAGACUUAAAAGCGGAGAUAAAAGACAAGCUGUCGGACCACGAGGGCAAACUUCAGGAGGCUCAAGAACUUCUUCACUCCGCCCGCGAGAAGACCAGGCAGGCUGGCUUGUUGGCUGGACAAAACCAAGCCAACCUCACAUUCUUGGAGGGGAGGCAUGCCGCAGUCCUCGGGGUGAAACGAGAAGCACAAAAGGUCAUCGGGGAAGCGGAAAACCUCCUGGAUGACGCCAACCAGCUUUCCGACAACAUCAAUAAAGAGUUAGAGGAUGCAGAGGAGAUGAGAAACGAACUCGUUCCUCUCAGCGACCAGCUGGAUGACAAAGUCCGGCACCUGACCGACGGUUUGAGUGGCGGCGGCCUGGCCCAUCGCGUGCGCGCCGCAGAGGAUCACGCCCAACAGCUGAAGGAGUCGGCCACAAUUCUGGAUGGGAUUUUGGCCGAAGCGAAGAACCUCUCCUUCAAUGCGACGGCCGCCUUCAAAGCCUACACAAACAUUAAAGCAAACGUGGAAGAAGCAGAGAAAGAAGCAAAGGCGGCCAAGCAGACUGCGUCGGAAGCGCUGACGAUGGCUUUAGGCCCAGAGAUCCCCGUGAAGGAGGAAGCUCAAGGUGCCCUUCAGAAGAGUCUCAAGCUGCUCAACCAGGCUAAGCAACUCCAUAAUGAUGUCAAAGACAAUGCCGCGAGCGUGUCCGGACUGAAGGGCAGAGUAAAAUCCGCCCGAGACAGAACCAAAGACCUGCUCAGAGCCAUCAAUGGAACCGCGACAACACUCGACACCAUGCCCGAUGACACGGCCGCCAAGCUGACUGCAACAAGGGCCGUGGCCGCUGAGGCAAACGCUACGGCCCUCGACGUCCUGGAGCGCCUCGUGGUCUUGAACCUUCAGGUCAACGACAUACAGAAGAACUUCAGCCAGUUGGCCCACACGGUCCGCGCCGCCAACAAGAUGAUCCAGGACCCGGAGAAAAACACUAUAAUCCACGCGGCCGGCGCUAAAGUGAAGGAUUUAGAGGACGAAGCUGAUAGACUCCUGGAGAAGCUGAAGCCGAUCAAAAAGCUGGAGGACAACUUGAGACGAAACAUCUCCCAGAUCAAGGAACUGAUUACCCAAGCCAGGAAACAAGCCAACUCUAUCAAAGUGUCGGUGUCAUCCGGCGGCGACUGUCUGCGGAGUUACCGCCCUGACAUCAGGAAGGGCAGGUACAACACCAUCAUUCUUCACGUCAAAACCACCACGCCUGAUAAUUUGCUCUUCUACCUCGGUUCUGCCAAAUAUGUUGAUUUCUUGGCCCUGGAGAUGCGCAAGGGCAAGGUGUAUUUCCUUUGGGACGUGGGUUCGGGUGUGGGACGAGUAGAGUAUCCCCAUCUCACCAUCCAUGACGGGAACUGGCACAGAAUAGAAGCUUCUCGUAACGGAUUGAACGGUACCAUAUUAGUGUACCCCCUCGAAGGUCCGAGGGCCGGUUUCGUACCGAGCCCGAACAGCGCCAACUCGCCGGUAACCUACACCAUCCUGGAUGUGGACCAGAACGCGUACUUGUUUGUGGGCGGGAUACUCGGCACCAUCAAGAAAGCGGAUGCCGUGAGGACGACGACGUUCACGGGCUGCAUGGGGGAAACCUUCCUUGAUGGUAAACCCAUUGGACUUUGGAACUACAGGGACAGGCAGGGAGACUGUAAAGGAUGCGUCGUCAGCCCCCAGGCGUCAAAUGGUGAAGGGACUGUCCAGCUGGACGGCGAAGGAUACGCCGCGGUGGGACGACCCACAAGAUGGAACCCGAAUGUUUCCAGUGUUACAUUCAAGUUCCGAACAUUCGCCUCCGACGCACUGCUCAUGUAUCUAGCAACUGACGAUAUGAAAGACUUUAUGUCCUUGGAGCUGGCAGGGGGCAAGGUGAAGAUGAACUUCGAUCUGGGAUCGGGUGUCGGCAGCGUCAUCUCGGCUCACCGUCAAAACGACGGACGCUGGAAAUCCCUCACCAUGUCUCGCAACAAGAAGCAAGCCACAGUGACCAUCGUGGACAUUGACACCAAUGCCGAGGAGAAGAUAGGGGCAACAUCUCUGGGUACAGCCACUGGGCUCAACCUCAAGGAGAAGCAGAGCAUUUAUUUCGGAGGUCUGCCUACCAUUGGAAACUACAGCAUGAAAUCCAGGCCGGAGGUCACGCUGAAGCGCUAUGUCGGCUGCCUUCGGGAGAUUGAAGUAUCCCGAACUCCUUAUAAUCUCCUCAGUAGCUCUGAUUACACCGGUGUUACCAAAGGAUGUAAUGUAGAGAACUUAUACACAGUAAGCUUCUCCAAGCCGGGAUAUGUGGAGCUGGCUGGGCUCUCCCUGGCGGUCGGCACUGAAAUCAGUCUGUCGUUCAGCACCCAGGUGGACACUGGCACGCUUCUCUUAGCCGUGGGUGGACCACCGCCCAUCAGCCAACAGGUCCGUAACAAGAAUGUCAUCUUUAAGAGGAAACGCCGACAAUCAGGAGAGCCCUUCCUCUCUGUGAUGCUGAACAAAGGCUCCCUGGAGGUGUUGGUGUACACGGGCAGCCACAGUCUGCGUCGAGUCAUCAGGCGGCCCGAGCAAGGCAUCCUGAGUGACGGCAGAGAGCACUCGCUGCGCAUCGAGAGAUUACCUGGCAGAUCUUUUGCCGUUCAAGUGGACGAGGAGGCAAAGAGGGAGUCUGCGCUUCCCAAUGACCAGCCAAUCGUCUUGCAGCGUUUAUUCCUCGGCGGUAUUCCCGCGGAAGUGGAGCAGACGUCCAACAGAGCCAACGUCCCAUUCCAGGGAUGCAUCUGGAAUCUCAUGGUCAACUCUGUUCUGUCAGACUUCUCCCAGUCGGUGUCCUUUGAAGACGCUGAAAUCGGCCAGUGCCCCAGCCUUGCCCCGCUCCUUCCUCUUCCCUAUCCUACAGAAGAGGCUGAGAAGGAAGAGGAAGCAUCCAAACCGCACCAGCCGGCACCCACUCCUGCAGUUGUUACUUCGCCUCCGGAACUUCCUGCCGAGCCCACGGCAAUUGUCGCGCCUGCUGCCACGCCUACUUCUGCUGAAGCCUCGCCCACUGCUGACACGGACUCGUGCCCCUCGGCUGUUGCCCCUGUGGCACUGGACAAGUCCUACCAGUUCGGGCUGGGCAGAAACAGUCACAUGAGCUUCACCUUCGAUGACGCCAAAGUGAGAGAAAGGUUGAUUUUGGAGUUUGAGCUGAGGACACGGGAGGAGUCAGGACUGGUCCUGUACAUGGCCAGAAUCAACCACGCGGACUUUGUCUCCAUUCAGAUCAAAGAUGGACAGGUGUGCCUGGGUUAUGACCUCGGUCACGGCAACACGUCUGGAUGCGUCCCCUUCUCCAUCAACGAUGGCAACUGGCAUAAGAUCCGUGUAACUCGUAGCAAGCAGAGAGCUCUCCUGGUGGUGGAUGGUCGAUACAGUAAACAGAUGAUUAGCCCUAAAAAGGCGGACUUGCUGGACGUGGUGGGAAUGCUGUAUGUUGGUGGUCUACCGCACAAUUACACCACCAAGAGGAUCGGACCGAUUCUUUACAGUAUCAGCGGGUGCCUGCGUCGCUUAAAGAUGGUGGGAGGUCCCGUCAGCACAAAAGCUGCCGCACCGGGUCGAACCGAGGCACUUACUGAAGACUUUAAGCUUGACAUGUCCACGCCAACCUCCAGUCACAUGGUCGGAAGAUGCUUCGCUGCCACCGAACGAGGAACUUAUUUUGACGGAACUGGAUUUUUGAAAGCAGGUGAGGUGACACCCAGAAACAUAGACGUGUGGAUUUAUUUUUUGAUCAAGUAAAAAGACCGCCAUGACUCACUAUAGUAUUUUCAUAAUUUCUUGCAAUAAUUGUUUUUUCUAGAGUUUUGCAUCUGUUCAGGUUGUAUCCGCCGUCUAUAUUGACUGUACCGUAUUUUCCGCGCAAAAAGGCGCACCGAAUUUUCUAAAAAGCUCACAGCGCCCCUUAAAAUCCGGUGCGCCUUGUGUAUGGUCAUUACAGUAAUAUGUCGACCCCAAGAUGUCUCUUUGCUGGAGACAUGUUUACAAUGUUAUAACUUGCUGUUGGUUCAGUGAACUGUGUCGCUGCUUUAUUAAAUAUUUUUGUUGCGGCUCC